AUGAAACAAUUCCAGUCCUUUGGUUCUACAGAGAACGCUAUGUUGCCAAAUAAGCAUCGGAGACAAGCAGCUACAGAUAUGUAUGCCGAACCCGAGAACUUCCUCGAGAUCGAAGUCAUUAAUCCCAAAACUCACAGACUAUCUACAUCAGGGGGUUCUGAGAUGUUCACCGAUUACGAGAUUGUAUGUCGUACUAAUUUACCAUCCUUCGGUACUACUUCUGUCAUUAGAACCCGUAGACGGUAUUCGGACUUUGAGUUCUUCAAGAAGUGUCUUGUUAAGGAGAUUGCACUCGCGAGUCACCCGCCAGUAACUGUGCCUAGUCUUCCAGGGAAGAUUAUCCUGAGCAAUCGAUUCAGUGACGAGGUCAUCGAGGAGAGAAGAAAAGGUCUCAGCAAGUGGCUACAGUCUGUAGCAGGUCAUCCCUUGUUACAAUCGGGAUCUCAUGUUCUAGUCAGGUUUAUAGAAGAACCAAAAUUUAUGGGCUAA